AUAAGACUUGUGCAACUGAAUUAUUUUAAUAUGGUUUUCGUUGGCUGAAUUGUUUAGGGCUACAAGAAAUGAAAGAUAAAAAUUUUAAACAGCAGAGGGAGACAGUGUUCCUUAACGAAGUUCCAUUGUUUCUGAAUAGAAAUGUUGUUCAGUGCUGGUAGAGGAGAGAGGCAGAAAAGGCAAACAGAAAGAGAGGUCCAGCUGCAGAGACAAGGCGUUAAAGGCACACUUCAGGGGAGGAAACGUCCCACUGAGCAGGGUGCUGGGUUCUCUUAAAUCUCAUGAUUCUGUGACUUUGUGGAAGGAAUAAGGAUGGUGCUCUUACAGAUAUGGAGCUUCAUUUCCUUCCUCUUCCUGUCCUACACCGAGGCAAUAUCCAUGCAUGGAGAAAUUCUGUCUCCAAAUUAUCCUCAAGCAUAUCCCAAUGAGGCUCUGGAAUCCUGGAAAAUAGAGGUUCCUCCUGGUUAUGGCAUUCAUCUCUACUUCACCCACCUGGAUAUCGAGCCAUCUCAAAACUGUGAAUAUGACUUUGUGAAGGUCCUGUCUGGUGAACAGGUGGAGGGUCAGUUCUGUGGACGAAAAACGAGGCGCGCACGGGGUUCUCCUAUCCUGGAAGAACUCCAUGUGCCCUACAAUAGUUUGACUAUCCUAUUUCAGUCUGACUUUUCCAAUGAAGAAAGAUAUACUGGAUUUGCUGCCUAUUACACUGCAAUUGAUGUGAAUGAGUGCACAGAUUUUGUGGAAGAGGCCUGUAGCCAUUAUUGCAAUAACUAUAUUGGUGGCUACUAUUGCUCUUGUCCUCCUGAAUAUUUCUUGCAUGAAGAUAAGAAGACCUGUGGAGUGAACUGCAGUGGGAAUGUAUUUACCGAGCUGUCUGGGGAAAUUACCAGCCCCAACUAUCCCAGGCCAUAUGCUGAGAACUCCCACUGUGAUUACCAUGUCAUCCUGGAACCAGGAUACCAGGUGAUCCUGAGCAUUGGGAACAACGACUUUGAAGUUGAGCCAAGUGACUCAGAAGGAACUUGCCCAGAUGCCUUGAGAGUUUCGGCAGGGGAUCAGAAUUUUGGUCCUUAUUGUGGCAGUACAUUUCCUGGGCCUCCUAAAAUCAACACCAAGAGCAACACUGUGGACAUUUUCUUCAAAACAGAUGAAGUUGUACAAAUGAAAGGCUGGAAAAUCCGCUAUUUUGGGGACCCAAUGCCCUGUCCACAGACUGUUAUUUCAAGAUCUGUUCAGCAUCCCCUAAGAGACUCUUAUGUCUUUAAGGAUUCUGUGAAGGUGACUUGCAUAGAAGGCCAUGAGAUUGUAAUGCUGUAGACUGUGGUGUGCCUGAUCCCAUUAAACAUGGAGAUAUCGUUUACCUGUCAGGAUCGGAGGAGACACAGUAUCAAACCACUAUCCGUUACGAAUGCCACAAACCUUAUUAUACCAUAAAGGGCAAAGAAACAUAUCAGUGUUCAUCCGAUGGAAUAUGGGUUGAUGAAGAAGGGAGAUCAGGGCUUCCAGUCUGUGAGCCAGUUUGUGGAAUUCCCAAAAAAAGUAUUGAAGAAAUAGGGAGGAUUUAUGGAGGCACGCUUGCUAAAGAAGGAAAUUUCCCUUGGCAAAUCUACUUUGAUGAGCCACGAGCUGGUGGAGCCCUCAUUUCAGAACAAUGGAUACUUACUGCAGCUCAUGUGCUAGAUGGUGUUCCGUACCCAGUUCUCUAUGCUGGGUUGUUCAAUGUGAGUCAAAGGGCCAAGAGUGCUACUGAGCCACUGAAGAUAGUGGAUACAUUCAUUCAUCCUAAAUGGGCCCAAAGUGGAUCAGGGACCAGGACAAACUUUAAUCAUGACAUUGCUCUCUUAAGAUUGAAAGAACCUUUGACAAUGGGCCCCACUAUUUCUCCAAUUUGCCUUCCUGGCACAUCCUCAGAAUAUGAUCCACAGGUAGGGACAUUGGGCUACAUAUCUGGUUGGGGCAAGACCGAUGCGGUUCGAACAACUCCUAGAUUAUCAGUGAGACUCAGGGCAGCUUGGAUCCCUGUGGUGAACAUGGAUACAUGCAGAAAUGUGAAACGAGACAUAGGUUAUGUCUUCACAGAAAAUAUGAUUUGUGCUGGGGAUGGCCGGCAGGACAGCUGUCAGGGAGACAGUGGUGGGGCAUAUGCUAUCAAAGACCCCCAAAAUGACACACGCUAUUAUGUUGCUGGACUGGUUUCAUGGGGGCCAGAAUGUGGCACUUAUGGUCUUUACACUAAAGUGACAAAUUACGUGGAUUGGAUCAGAAAGGUUAUGAAGGAGUAUAGAGAACCUGAAGAGUAGAUGAUUCCUCUCCUUAUACAUUAUCUGUCUACCAGGAACCUACUGACUCUCAAGAGGUUUUGUCAAAUCCAUAAAUCUAACACGCAAAAAGAAAUUUGCAGCUAAGAUCCAUAUUAUUGCAAGUCGCUUUACAUUGCCUUUCUCCUCUUUCUUCAGGAUAAGUAAAGUAGUAGCAGACCAGAGGUGGAUUCCUACUGGUUCAGACCGGUUUUGCUGAGUAGGUAGUAACUUGGCCAGCCACACCCCCAAA